AUGGCUCCUUCUAUUCACCCCAUUAUCGACAACGGACUUACCAAGGGCGACCCUAACUUUGCCGGCGGCACGCUGCAUUGCCAGUGUCCAUCAAACCAGGUCGUGGUCUCCCUGAAGAGCAACGUCGCACACAACCAUGCUUGCGGCUGUAGCAAGUGCUGGAAGCCUCGCGGCGCGCUAUUCUCCAUUGUUGGGGUGAUCCCUCGUGACAACUUGACCAUCCAGGCCAAUGAGUCGAAACUCACAAUUGUUGACCCUUCCGCGGUCAUCCAGCGUCACGCCUGCCGAGACUGUGGUGUACACUUGUUUGGGCGCAUUGAAAAGCCUCAUGCAUUUUAUGGCCUGGAUUUUGUUCAUGUGGAAUUAUCGGACCAGAAGGGAUGGCAGGAGCCUCAGUUUGCCGGGUUCAUCUCCUCCAUAAUCGAGCAAGGAUUCAACCCGGCGGGAAUGGAAGACAUUCGAAGAAAGUUCAACUCGGUUGGUCUGAACACUUACGAUGCACUCUCACCACCUUUGAUGGACUUGAUUGCUACCUUUACUGCACAAAAGGCUGGUGUGAAAUUUUCCAAUUUGUGA